GGAUGAGCAGAAAGGUAGAGAGCAUGGUGGGGCUGAAAACCAAGUUAGGAAGUUUUGGGUCAGGUGUAUCCUCGGAGGAGGUGGGUCUCUUGGAGUUCCCAAUGGGGAACAGAGGGAAGCACAGAGAAGUAGGAGAGUGCCUGGGCCACACGGCCCAGAAGCCGCCGAGGGAGACAUCCUCCACCUGGUGAACUAGACCCAGUGGCUGAAAGCUCAGAGGAAGCUGAGGCUGCUGGUGGGAGUUCCAAAGCUACAUCUGAGCUAUCUCAGGAUUGCCUUGGGCAGGAACCGUUGGACCCCAUUGUAGAGACCAGUGGCCAGGGCCCAGAAAGCUGGACUAAGGAGGAUGCUGCUAUGGGGCCUCGCAAGGAUCUGGCCCCAUCUACCCAGGAACAACAUCAGCCUGCACUGGAAGCCCACCAGACUCCAGAGGCUCCUCCCCAGGAUGGGAACACUGUUCCCACCAGGAAUGCCACCCCUGACAUGUUUGAGACCCUCCAGCAAGCAUUGAGCUCUCUGGAAGCAACUGCUGCUGCAUGCCACCACCACUCCCGGAGUUGUUCCAGACUGAUAGAGGCAGAAGGCAGAAAUGAGGGAGGACCAGGGCCAGUUGGGAAGCAAGAAUGGGCAGGACAUGGCCAGCUUGAGGCAGCCCGCCUCUCUGAGAAGAACACCUGGCUACGGCUGGCCCUGGGCAGCCGGGAGGAGGAGUUGGUCCGGACACAGGUUUCGCUGCAGGCUGCCCAGGCUGAGACAGAGACUCUGCAAAGGCAGGUCCAGGAGCUUCAGGACUCUCUGAUGCAGCUGGAGGCCUCCUCACCUCCCUGCCACAGCCAAGCUAGGGGCAGAGGCAGCGAUUCCAGCAGCUCUGGAGCAGAAAGAGAGGCCUGGGAGACUCAGCAGGACUCCCCUGGGCCUCAUCCCCUGCUCCGACAUCUCCAAAGUGACUCUAGCACCCAGAUUGUUCAGUGUCUUCCCACACAGGCCCCAGCCCCUGAGAUGCACCCCAUGGAAGACCAGAUGAAGCAGCUCCGGGGGAACAUCGAGAAGCUGAAAUGCUUCAACCGCCUGCUGCUGGCUGUGCUUCAGGGCUACAAGGGACGCUGUGAGGGUCUGAGCAUGCAGCUGGGCCAGCGGGAAGCUGAGGUCACUGCUUUGCGCCUGGCCCUGCAGUACAGUGAGAAUUGUGAGGAGGCCUAUGGAGUGCUGCUCGCUCUGCGGGAGGCUGGCUCAGAAGCCAAAGACAAAGGCACCACACAUAAUCUACAGGCAGCUGAGAAGGAAGCAACCAGGCUGCUGACAGAAAAGGAGGCUGCCAUGAAUAGAGUGACACCACAGCCCAGCCCUGAAGGCAGCAGUGUGGACAAGCCAACACCACAGGAACUGGCUGCUGAGCUCCAAGGCUAUGUCCAGCAUCUUCUGGAAUGCCGUGCUCUGGUGAAGAUCCCCCCAGAGCCUGGCCCCACCACCACACCUUGGCCUACCAUGCCCCAUGCAGAAGCCAUGGUACAGAACAUUCUAGAGACACAGACUGGCCCAGCCCUGCCCCGGCUGGAGAAGUCACAAAUCCAACAGGACCUGGUGGCCACACGGGAGAGUCUCGCUGAUCUGAUGCUGCAGCUGCAGCUAGUGCAGAGAGAAAAGCGGGGUCUGGAGCUGCGGGAGGCUGCGCUAAGAGCCCAGGGCCCAGCCCAUGUGCUGUUGCUGGAACAAUUUCAGUGGGAGCGUUCGCACCUUGGGGCUGGUGGAGGGGUCAGCAGUGAUGGAGACAGCAGCAGGGAUGGGAGCAGCGAGGAUGAAGAGGAUUGGGCACAGGGACCCCCUGCUCUGCCUGGUGGUCCCAGUGGCAUUGACAAAGGCCAGAUGGGCAAAGUGCAGCAUAUUGAGAACUUAUCUCAGGAACUGGCAGCAUCACUGACUCGGGCUGAGGACCUUCUGGAACAGCUGCAUUGUCUUCGGCAGCAGCUGGAACAGGUGGCUCAGAAAGGGCGAGCCAGAUGCAUUCAAAGUGCUGAGCUGAACCGAGAAUUAUGCAAGGCUCACAGUGCGCUGGUCCUGGCCUUCCGUGCAGCCCACAAAAAGCAGGAAGAGCAACGCUGGAAGUUGGAACAGCAAGUGGCACAGCUGCAGGCCCAGCAGGUGGUGGAGCUGGGGGUGCUGGAAGCUACCAUCAAAGCACUGGAGAAGCCUGGGGCUAUGCAUUCACCUCCCCAGCUUGGGGAGACCUUUCUCUAAGACUUGCACCAAGUCUGUCUGCAGGACUGGCUGUGUCAUAAAAUGUACUGUUGUGACAUCA